UCCUCCUGGCGGGGCUGGCGGUCGGUGGCAGCCGCUACGGUGCUGACAAGAUGGCGGCUGGCGGGGCUGUUGCUGCGGCGCCCGAGUGCCGGCUUCUGCCCUACGCGCUGCAUAAGUGGAGCUCCUUCUCCUCUACCUACCUUCCCGAGAACAUUUUAGUAGAUAAACCAAAUGAUCAAUCUUCCAGAUGGUCUUCAGAGAGCAACUAUCCUCCCCAGUACUUGAUUCUGAAGCUUGAAAGGCCUGCUAUAGUUCAGAAUAUUACAUUUGGAAAAUAUGAGAAAACUCAUGUCUGCAAUUUGAAGAAAUUCAAAGUUUUUGGUGGAAUGAAUGAAGAAAAUAUGACAGAGCUGUUGUCCAGUGGCUUGAAGAAUGAUUAUAACAAAGAGACAUUUACCUUGAAACAUAAAAUUGAUGAACAGAUGUUUCCUUGUCGAUUCAUUAAAAUUGUUCCACUUUUGUCCUGGGGGCCCAGCUUUAACUUUAGCAUCUGGUACGUUGAACUUAGUGGCAUCGAUGAUCCUGAUAUAGUGCAGCCCUGUCUGAACUGGUACAGCAAGUACCGCGAACAGGAAGCCAUUCGCCUUUGCCUAAAACACUUCAGGCAACACAACUAUACAGAGGCUUUUGAAUCCCUGCAGAAGAAAACCAAGAUUGCACUGGAGCAUCCAAUGUUGACAGAUAUGCACGACAAAUUGGUGUUAAAGGGUGACUUUGAUGCUUGUGAGGAGUUGAUUGAAAAAGCUGUAAAUGAUGGCUUAUUCAAUCAGUAUAUCAGUCAACAGGAGUAUAAGCCACGGUGGAGUCAGAUUAUUCCUAAGAGCACCAAAGGUGAUGGAGAAGAUAACCGGCCAGGAAUGAGAGGGGGCCAUCAGAUGGUCAUUGACGUUCAGACAGAGACUGUUUAUUUGUUUGGUGGCUGGGAUGGAACACAAGAUCUUGCUGACUUCUGGGCAUACAGUGUGAAGGAGAACCAGUGGACAUGUAUUUCUAGAGACACUGAGAAAGAGAAUGGUCCUAGUGCCAGAUCGUGUCAUAAAAUGUGCAUUGAUAUUCAGCGGAGGCAAAUCUACACAUUGGGCCGUUACUUGGAUUCCUCUGUGAGGAACAGCAAAUCUCUGAAAAGUGAUUUCUACCGCUACGACAUUGACACUAACACCUGGAUGUUACUAAGUGAAGACACUGCUGCCGAUGGUGGACCAAAAUUGGUGUUUGAUCAUCAGAUGUGUAUGGACUCAGAAAAACAUAUGAUCUACACCUUUGGUGGUAGGAUUCUGACAUGUAAUGGCAGUGUAGAUGACAGCAGAGCCAGUGAGCCACAGUUCAGUGGGUUGUUUGCAUUCAACUGUCAGUGUCAAACCUGGAAACUUCUUCGAGAGGACUCCUGUAACGCUGGCCCUGAGGACAUCCAGUCUCGAAUUGGACACUGCAUGCUGUUCCACUCGAAAAACCGUUGCUUAUAUGUGUUUGGUGGCCAGAGAUCUAAGACCUAUUUGAAUGAUUUCUUUAGUUAUGAUGUGGACUCUGAUCAUGUAGACAUAAUUUCAGAUGGCACCAAGAAAGACUCUGGAAUGGUUCCAAUGACCGGAUUCACACAGAGAGCAACUAUUGAUCCAGAACUGAAUGAAAUACAUGUCUUAUCUGGACUUAGCAAAGACAAAGAAAAGAGGGAAGAGAAUGUGAGAAAUUCAUUCUGGAUUUAUGACAUUGUGAGGAAUAGCUGGUCUUGUGUCUAUAAGAAUGAUCAAGCUGCAAAAGAGAAUCUGAGUAAAAGUCUUCAGGAAGAAGAACCAUGCCCAAGGUUUGCCCAUCAGCUCGUUUAUGAUGAACUACACAAGGUUCAUUAUUUAUUUGGUGGAAAUCCAGGAAAAUCUUGCUCUCCAAAGAUGAGACUAGAUGACUUCUGGUCACUGAAGUUGUGCAGACCUUCAAAAGAUUACUUACUGAGGCACUGCAAGUACCUCAUAAGAAAACACAGGUUUGAAGAAAAGGCCCAAAUGGAUCCCCUUAGUGCUCUGAAGUAUUUACAGAAUGAUCUUUAUAUAACUGUGGAUCAUUCGGAUCCGGAAGAGACAAAAGAGUUUCAACUCCUAGCCUCAGCUCUGUUCAAAUCUGGCUCAGAUUUCACAGCUCUAGGCUUUUCAGAUGUGGAUCACACCUAUGCUCAAAGAACUCAGCUCUUUGACACCUUAGUAAAUUUCUUUCCUGACAGCAUGACUCCUCCUAAAGGCAACCUGGUAGACCUCAUCACACUGUAAACUGGGGCGUCGAAUUGAGGAAUUACUGGGCUCAGAAGUGGAGACAGGAACUGCAGUUGGCUGUUUAUGUGGGCAGAGGUGACGUUGCAGUGGCUGAGGACUGCAUCAGAGUUUUGAAGGAUCCUUAUUAUCACAAGUUUUAACCCUCUUCCUUCAUACCUGACCCCAAUCCCCUUUUCCUCAAAUUCCUGCAUUAGGCUAAUAAAGUAAAAUUGAUAUACUUCCCAUUUAAUUAUGAAUAUUUUUCUUUAGCCUUUAAGAAUUAACAAGUAUUAAUGAAAAUUAGCCCUUUUUGGUGUCCAAGUUUUCAGAGUUUUAGUUAGGAGAACAGCAGCACUAUCAGUAGACUCAGUGCUGUAGGAAUUUGGGGUUUUGCUUUUGGGUAUUUGGCAUUUGUUUCCCUUUUCUUUUCUUCCCCUUUCACUUUCCCCCACAUCACCACUGUUGUGAGCGCUGUCUGGUUUGCUCCCUCAUCCUAACAGGCGUGUGACUCUGUGGGACAUGAGUGCUGUCUGUUGAGGUGUGUGUGGUUGUUGGCUUUCCAUGUAUUAAACAUAGAACAGUUAGAGGGCUUGAAUUUAUACCCUUUUCCAUACCACCAAAAAGCAAAACUCAAGAUUGGCCCAGACACCUGAUCAGAAAUUGAUAUUUCUGGAUUGAUAUUCUCUAGUGGACAGUAGCCAUUGGCAUAGAAUCACAGAAACCUGAAACCAAGGCUCCUACCCAGAACCGUUCAGGUGACCUCAGGAGAGGUGCUUUCCUGCCCACUGUUUUCACUGAUAUCUUUGUAGGGAUUUGAAAGGAAAUGACUCUGCAUUCUGCAAAGGAAUAGAGCUAUGCAGAACCCAUGCUCUCACUCUUCUCUGAGUGGUCUUUUUGUUGUAGCUUUAUCUGGACAAUAGUUUCCAGAGCUGUGCUUUCAUAUUUUUCUGAUAUGUGACCCUACUAUUUUGAAGAGUAAUAGUUUGUGGUUGGCUUUUAACAUACAACUAACAGGCAUUUUAGUAAUAAGCAUGUGGGCCAGACUUUUUUAAAUGGAUAAAAAAGAAAAAUAUAUAAUACCAAGAGUUUUCCAUUAAAAGUGUAACAGUUUGCCCUUUUCAUUGUUCUAGUUUUGUACAUACAGGAACAGGAGCAUACCUUCCUAUCAGAUGUUGGGGAAUGUAGCAUAAGAAACCCACAUCUGGCUAGUUAGCACUCACAUUUGCUUGUGCCAUAUGCAGCUGGUACCACUAUGUUGAAACCAGGAUCUGUCCUGUCCAUGUGCCAGCUAUUAGGAGUGUGUGACUGUGAAAUUGAUCUGUACGUCCCAAAGUGUCAUGUGUAGGAAGGAGACCUUGAUACAUCCUUCCCUCUGUCUUUACUUACUUUUCUGGGUUUACUUUUGAGGAUGAAUGGGAAUAUAUUUUUGCCAGUUGUAGGCUUUUUAACUUUACAAGCAUCCCAAGGUAGUCAGUAGUGACUUAAUAAACAUGUAUGUCAAUACCCUACCCUGUCAGAAGUAUGCAAUAUAAAUUAGGAGGUACCAAAUUAUGUAAAAUACAGAAUAAUCACCUGUACAUUUGAGUAAAUCCAUUCUAUUCGAAGAUUUUACAGCUUCCUAAAGUGAUUUUCCUCAGUAACAGCCAAGAAUAGAACAAAAACUGUAUAGCAUAGCCUGGUGGCUCUCAUUUCAAGAAGACAGAUGCAAAUCAGUAGGUGACCAAAAAAAAAAAUAAAUAAAAUAAAAUAAAUUUUUUUUUUUUUUUUGAACUGGAAAUUGCCAAAAUCCAGAACUGUGGCUGAGCACUGUGGAUGCUGGCACCUUGACAAUAUAGCCAGAUGGGAUUCUGCUGUCUGCAGCCUUUGUCUGCACAUGCUUCCCUCAACCCUCAAGUUUUCUUCUAUCAAUUCCUCUGACUCUAUUAUUUGGAUGAAAUUCAAUUCUUAACCUUGGUGGUUCUCUCCCCCCACUUCUUUUCUCUGGUUUUAUAGUGCUUACUUUAAUUCUAUCUUCUCUCACUUUUAUUUAGUUUAGAAUUUCUCAUUUUUUACUACCACGUUUAAAUGGUUGAAUCCUAGGAAACUACUCAGAACUGCCCAAGCACUAAGAUGCUUUUGGUCCUAAGGAAGUGAAUGGCAUGACUGGCGCAGGCAAGUCAGAGUCUGUGCCUUGGGCAUUUAGUGGGGCACUCCAGGAUAACUUUAGGAAGGGUAGAGCUUACACAUCCAGGCCCAGGAUUUUCGGAAUGCUGCUCACCACAUUCCCCAUGAUGACUCUGAGAACUUGUAUAGAUGUUUAUAAGGAAUAACAGCAGAACAUUAUAAUUUAAACAAUAAAAAUUAGUAUUUAAGGAACCAAAUAUGUGUGCUUUUCUGAAAAAUUUUUUCAUGUUCUAGCUUAGCCCCAAAUUAAAGCACUUAGCUUUAGAUACAUUCAUUAGUGAAAAACUGUACCUUGACAGAAUCCCCAGCUUCAGCCUCACCUCCAUCUCCCUUUUCUAGCAGAAUAUAUGGCUUUCCAGCAGAAAUAAGCUAUUGAUAUCUGAUGCUACUUUCACCCUUGUAUUCUGUAAGGAUUUGGAUUGCAAAUCACUUCACAGAUGCAUUUACAUGUUACUUAAGAAAUAACAUGAGACCUUAUUUGGCCAGUUUGUUUGAUUCAGAGUUAUAUCAUGUUUUUAUACACAAAGUAAUUUAGAAUUGGAUUCCCACCUCUGUGUUAAAGGUGACAAGGAACAUUAACCUUUAUCAAAGUCACCUCUUUUGAUAUGGUUUCAAUCUCUACUAAAACUGACCUUUCUAUGUCCAAGGAGUGAAAACUGAUAGAAAACAUUGGAAAGUCGGGUCAGUAUUUGUUGUAGUAAAAUGUGUCAGAUUUCAUGCCCAGUGCUUUGUUUAUAAAACUCUAUUGAGUGAAAUAAGUAUUCUGUGUAUAAAUGUUGGCAGCUUGCCAUUCUACUGGCUCUCCAUAUCUGCCUUAAAAAGUGUUAAAUAGAAAUACACAGUAACAGUUUCAUGUGACAAAACAGACUUAAAGUCGGUCUGUAGAUAAGCACCCUAACCGUUUAGUGAGAGACUGAUAUUGUUGCUUGAUGCGUCAAAAGGCACUUAGAAGAGUGUUCCCGAUUGCUAUUCUCCGAGUUAUAGUAAGUCUUAUGGUAAUUGUAUAAAGAAGUUACCUCGUCAUUAUUUUGUUGUGUUGGAAAAUUGUGAGUCAUUUAUUUCCUGUGAAACAAGUGCGAAACCGUUCGCUGUCAUAUGACACAGCUGGGGAUUCUGUUAUGAAGUGACUUCGUGAAUGGAAGUCAUGAUAGUGUGCACUUUAGACAAAGUCACAAAGCUAUUUAAAGAUGCCCUCCCUAAACCUUGCUUUGUUAAAAGUACUGUUCAUCAAGAAUCUCACCCUCUGCAGAAAUUCUUACCAAUUUUUACCAAGUGUUAGCUGGUCUGUGGUUUGGGAUUUAUAGGCUCUACAAGAAAAAAAAAAUUCUAUAGUUGCUGGAGGUGUGUCAGAAAAGGUCUAUAUAUGACAGUAUUUACAGAUUAAGAUGUUGGGCUCUUUAAUGCAGUUUUUGUUUUCUGUAUUAGGCAAAUAAUGCUAAUUUUUAUAUGUGGUUUUUGACUGUGGGGGUUGUCUAUAAUUUGUCUUAAUGUUGAAAUAACUUGGCUAUCCAAAGCUUCUAGUGUACAUCAGGAAUAUAUAUACAUAUAUAUGUGUGUUUGUGUAUAUACAUAUAUAUGUCCUUUAUAUAUAAAUGUAUCAGUUGAAGGCCAGAGUCCCCACUUGUGUUGAAAUUCCAUGGAGCUGAGUGACAGGAAGAGCUGGCUUGUUUAUGGGGCGGGGUUAUUGGAGUGAAUUGUUUGCUUCACCCAUGUGCUUCUUGUUUUCUUAUUAAAUGCUAUCUCAGAUUUUAUUUUUAGAUGAUUUUUUUUAACCUUAAAUUCAUUCUAUUCACCAAUUACUAUGAAUUGUGUUUCUAUUUAUUUUCCUUGGCUACUUUAACUUUAUUCAUUACUUCCUAGAUUUUUCUAUGGCACUGUUUAGAGCUAUUGUAUUGCUUUAAAAAAAAAAAGUCAAAUCAUUGUAAAUCAUAUAUGCUUCUGUUUAUGAUAAGAGAAUAAUGAGAUUAAAAAGUGUAUAUUGGUAAAGAAGUAAUAACAUUUAGAUAUUGCUAUAAAAUGUGUGUGCCAUUUUCAUUUGGAUAGUGAUCAUCACUAUGGCAGCUUUAACUGAGAAGUCUGAUUUAGCUUCUUUUCCUGGUCCUAGAAACUGUUGUCCUACAACUAUUAGCAGUGUACAAGCUCUGAGGAGAGCCAGCUCAUGGAGAUCAGUGUACCACCACACUCUACAUCUGCUGUCACCCUCUCUGUAUUGUAUUUUUAGCCAAGCCUUUUCUGUUCCUACCUCCAUCAAUAGCAUCAAUUUUCAGUUGAAAUUUGUGCUAAUAGUUGACUUUUAGUGUUGUUCAUGCUUUUCAUCCCAGCAUUUGGGAGGCAGAAGCAAGAGGAUAUAUGUGUAAGUUGAAGGCCAAGCCGUCUACACAGUGAAUUCCAGGCCAACCAGUGCUGCAUAGUGAGACCCUGUCUGGGAUGGGUUAAGGGAGUGAAGGCAUAAUUUAUGAAGCAGUUCAAAUACUCAGAAUGGCUUUUAUUGCCGCCAAUUGUUAUUUCUUAUUUUCAUAGUUAAAAAUAAUAUAGUGAUAUAAAUAUCUUUUGCCUUCAAGAAUAUUAAUUUAGGUAGAUGAAAUGUCUCAAACAUGCAAAGAGGCUUGUUGACAAAGCUGACAACCAGAGCUGUCAGGACACGUGCACGCUGGAAGUAGAGAACUGCUUCCUAUAGUUGUCCUCUGACCUCAACACAUGCACAUACAUAAAAUAUAAAUGAAUAAGUAAAUGAACUUAAAAAAUUUUUAAAUAUGAACUUAGAUUCAAUUCCAAGUGAAAAAAAUUGCAUUUUCAGUCAUAAAGCUAGUGAUAAAACUGUUGGACAGUAACAUGUAUACCUUUUACCCUAGGAAGUCCUUAGACAAUACAGUAAGUUAGACUUUCUAGUACUAAGGGACACAUGCCUUCUGGAAAAAUUCCUGCUACUUUUCCUGUUCCUUUUUCAGAAGUCACAGAUCUUGAAGUGGAAUCAAAGAGAAAGCAAAGGAUGGUUCUAAUUUUUCUUCUGCAUUCAAGAUCUUUGUCAAUCAUAUCAGCAAAUGUGCAGUCUUGUCCCCAAACACUGCCAGGCUUGCUUGGUAACAGAACUCCACGUGGAUGUCAUCUGACAGCUGUGGAUGUCAUCGACAGCAGGAAAGGCAGUAGUGAUGGGUUUAGUAAGGAUGGGAACCGGUUCCGAGGCUCAUGACAUUCAUUGUGUGUCGUCUUUUCCUCUGCUGCUCAGAGAGGCUCAGUAGCUGCUCUGCGUGCAUGUGCAGUGUCCCAGGAAUCCUGACUUGGCUGUUCUAAGGAAGUCAGGAAGCUCUCUCAGAAAGAGAGCUACAAAGAAAAAAGAACGUGUGCUAGUAAAAGAAAAAAAAAAACUGGAGUUUGAAUGUUCCCAAAGCUAAGCAAGGCCAAAAGCUCUCCAUUGUUAACCUAGACUAAUUCUAUAGAUCCAGUACUAGGAAAAAAGUUAUCAAAGGAGGUCAAAACUUGUGUUUUUCUGAAUAGUCUUGGGAAGGUAGCAUUUUUAGGUAGUUAACAUUCUUUUUGAAAAUACAGGCCUUAAUACAAAGCCCAGUGUUAUCUUUAAAUUUUAAAAUUUGGUAAGUAGUUUCCUAUGUAUGGCCAACUCCCUUAUAAGCCCAUAGGAAAAAAACUGUAAAUGAAACAUCACAAUGUGCAGUUUGGAGCAAGUGUUCCCAGAAAACUUGCUUAGUCACCCUUUCUCAGCUGUUACUGCAGCAUAGCCCUGAACUGUCCUGCAUGCUAGCCUCAAGCCCAGCAGAGAGCUUUGAUACGUGAACUGGCUGCCACAUGGGAAAUCCGCCCAAAGACAUUAUCAAUCUUCAUUUUCAUUUACUGCUUAGUGGAUGCCAAGUUAGUUGGCAAAAAAAAAAAAGAAAUCCAGCAUGUUCCAUGUGCAGCAUACCAGUGAGUGUGAGUAAGGGUUGCUCAGAGAGCCUCUUGGGACUUCAUUUCUCUCCGUUGUUAGCAAGUUUCAAGAAAGUCCGACAGCUUAGCUCAUGUUACUAGGUUGGCGUUCGUUUACUAAACCCUAGAAUAGGAAGAAAGUGGUUAUUGUGUACUUCAAAACCGUACAGGUUUCAUGCCUAAAAAUGAACUACUCCUAUACGGUCCCAAUGGCUCCUACUCAUUAGUCCAAAGUGUUGCAGGCAUCUAUUAAUGCUGUGCUUUUAGGUGCUCUACACAUCUCUAGACUGAUGAAUGAACUUGCAGAAAGAUCCUGGAAUUUGCCAGUUCCCUUUAUAGCUGGCAAAGCUUUUCAGAUUCAGUUGCAGCCAAAGAUGAGGAACCGUCCAGGCCAUGCCAACGUGUAUUUGCAAGUGACCUUUAAGUAUAUUGCUGUGUAAUUGCUGCAUUGGAACAGUGGCCACUGAAAACAGAGCUGUGUGCAGCUUCUCGUUUUUUUAAUGUGCCCUGAGCACUUGGACCUUGCAGAGUCUUGGCUUAUUUUUGUGUCUACAUGUCAGUCGUGCUUGUGAGAGCACACGGAAAGUAAUUUUCAGCCCAGCCCACUUAAUGAAAAAUAUCAAACUCUAGGUGAUGUGUGAGUUUCUAUGGGGGAAGAAUUUUUUUUUAAAAUUGGGGUGUGGAAAACACAUGCAGGAAGCGCACAGUGAGGAGGACGCAGAUGGGACUCGAGAGCCCGAAGCCCCACAUGCAUAAUUUUGUGCUUGUUUGUUUGGUGAGAGAAAAAGACCUUGUGUUAGCUGUGCUUCAGAGGUCACUCAUGAACAGUGUUGCUCCCUUUCCUAACCAUCCCCUUACCCUGGACAGACUGCUGUUGCACUCGUGUGUAAGGCAGUCUGCCUUUUGUGUGCCAUGUCUUUUUAAACCAAUGAGAUUGCAUAGUAUUAAUUACCCUUUGUGUCUAGCCACCUUCUUACUUAUUUAGAGGUUGCAAAAUCAUGUGUUUUCUUUGAGAAGCUUUUGUUCAGGGGUCUGCACUUUCUCUUUUAGAAGCAAAACCAUUCCUCUUUACCACCACUCUAAAGUCAUGCACGGCUGACUCCUUCAGCCUCACAGUAGUACAGGGAAGCCGAGGACCUUUUUCUUAUCUUUAGUUUUGAGAACAUGCAGUGUUCCAUCUCUGAAAAAGACAUAUUUGUAACCCACAGAAGAAAAAUGUUAGAAUUUUUUUAAAGUCAGCUUGUGUGAGUUAGAAGUACUUAGUAGCCAGAAAUGAAGAUGUCAUCAGAUGAUCAAGAGCUUCAGAUCUUAGAUCUAAAACUUGAGUGGAAAUUAGAUUAAGAAAGAUAACAGUUUGCCUGCAGAGUACAGCCUCACCUUCCAGGCCUACCUCCCUCUGUACUUAGUUAGCCCUUCUGGUGAGGACGGCUGGCCUGGACACACCCUUGGAUCAUCAUAUUUACAUGCUAGGGCGUUAAGAAGCCUUAGUGAAUUUUAAUAACAAACUAUGUCUGUUACAGAAAAUUGGGAAAUAACUAAGUAGAAGGAAGAAAGGCUCUUUUUAAAAAACUGAUGAACUCCCUCCCCCUACUCACACCACCCCACCCCCUUUUUGAGACAGCAUCUCACUUUGUAGCUCUGACUGUCUUGGAAUUGUGUAGACCAGGCUGGCCUGGAACUCAUGGAGUUCCUGCCUCUACCUCCCAAGCACUGGCAUUAAGAGUGUGUGCCACCAGACCUGGCUAGCCACGCCCCCACCCCUUUUUUUCUUAAAGACAUUUUUUUUUUAUUUUUUCUUAUCAAAAUGGCCAGAGCCAACAAAGGCUUUUGCUCAAAUGUUAAUAGCCUUUCUGUUUUUUGCUAUGGUGUGCAGGGAGGGCCAGGUUGCAGUGUAUAGCUCCUCUCUGCUUAUGUUGCUCAAGCAUUAUCUUGCCAUAAAUAAUUUGAAAAGUAGUCUCUUUAUCUCUAAUGAUGAACUUUGGAGAAAGAAAACUCGCCAGCAGCUAUGGAGUGUUAUAUGUUGAGGUUAUUGGAAAUGUUAUCCCUACGGCUGAAUUUGUGUGGCCUUUAGGCAUAUCACAGGCAUAUGGGACAGUCGCACCGCAUGCAGACUUCUGUUGGUGAUGAACUUUUUAUAUGGCCAUAAUUAACCCCACAUUCAAAAGGCAGAAAGCAAAGCAAAAGAAAUACAAUAUAAACAGAAUGUGAAGAGUCCAUUUCCCUGGAAUAUCAUGUUUAAAAAAUUGCUUAAAAACAAUAAUGUAUAAACAGCAGCAAGGAACUAGGAGCUUUACAAGUCAGAUGCCUCAGUUUCCAAUCAGUCUUCCUUUUGGUGUGGAAGAAAUCACCUUGCUGGGUUCUGCCUUCCACCCCCUUCUGUGGCAGUGCAUCCCCCAGACUGUAGCAUCAGAAACAGUAUCCUGAGAUACCUGGAAGGCCAGCAUGUGUGAGCUGGAGCAUUUAAACAGUGCUCUUGGGCCUGACCUCAUCUCUUCCUGCUCUGUUCAGCUCUGCAGCCUUCCCCACCCCCAGGCUAGCGGGAUCCUCUCUGGUUUAUCUGUUGUCUAAUCCUCGUGGACUUUCUAAGAUUUCUUUUUGGUAAAAGUAAUUUUCUGACCCCAGGUUUGGUACAUAUUAUCACUACUUUGUGAACAAAUAAAUGAGUGAUCUCUGCUAAACAAGUGCAGUUGUAGAAUUAUGUUGUAUGUAAUGUACAUACGGAGAGUGUAUUUUGUUCCUUAAUAAAAAGUUGUAUAUGAA